AUGAGUAUUGACGUGAAGAAACUGAAAGUCAACGAACUAAAAGAGGAGCUCCAGCGCCGCGGCCUGGACACCAGAGGCCUGAAGGCAGACCUAGUGGAGAGGCUGAAAGCCGCUCUGGAGGCGGAUGCCUCAGAACAGGGGGAGCAGGAGGAUGAUUACUGCCAGGACUACCAGGACAACGAAGAAAACGAAGAUGAAGAGGAAGCUCAAGAACAACAAGAUGCAGAAGUAGCUGAGGACUACGGUGAUGGUGAUGGAGAUGGGGAUGGGGAUGGGGAUGGCGAUGGCGAUGGUGAUGGUGAAGGUGAUAUCCCCCAAGAGGAAGAUGAAGGUCGAGAUUCAGGUGGUUACUACGAGGACGAGGAGGCAGAAGGCGAGCCAUAUGAAAGUCAGCCAGCUUCAGACUCAGGUCACAGCAUGCCUGACUUCACAGCAGAUGUGGAUAUACAAAAAUCUGACAUGAGGUCUGAGGACGAGACCAAGCCUGUGCAAGAGCUACAGGAAAGCCUUGAGAACAAACAAGAAAUCAAAGUGGAGGUGAAAACAGAAGAUGAACCUGAGGCUGAUAGAGACACACCGCGGGAUAGUCAUGGGACAGAGCAACAGAGUGGACAAGAUGGUGCAGGUCAGGCUGAGCAAGUCAAAGCAGAAUCUGAUAGAGGUGGAAACUACGGCCGCAAGAGACCAUAUGAGGAGGGCAGGAGCUACGGCUACUAUGAGCACCGUGAGGACAAGAGAUCCCGCACACCACAGCCCCCUGCUGAAGAUGAGGAAGAGAACAUAGAUGACACUCUUGUGACGAUCGAUACUUACAACUGUGAUCUGCAUUUCAAAGUGUCCCGAGAUCGCUACAGCGGUUAUCCACUGACCAUCGAAGGGUUUGCUUACCUGUGGGCUGGAGCAAGAGCUACACAUGGUGUCACCGAGGGCCGUGUUUGUUAUGAGAUGAAGAUCAAUGAGGAAAUUCCUGUAAAGCACCUGCCCAGUAGUGAGCCAGAUCCGCAUGUGGUCAGGAUCGGAUGGUCACUCAACCACUGCAGCACUCAGCUUGGUGAGGAGGCCUUUUCCUUUGGCUAUGGAGGAACAGGAAAGAAGUCUGCUGACUGUAAAUUCGCAGACUUUGGUGAGAAGUUUGGUGAAAACGACGUCAUUGGCUGUUUUAUUGACUUUGACAGUGGUGACGAGGUGGAGAUAGGCUAUUCCAAGAAUGGAGUAUCCUUGGGCGUGGCUUUCCGUACAACCAAGGAGGCACUGGCAGGCCGUGCCCUGUUCCCUCAUGUCCUUGUGAAGAAUUGUGCUGUUGAAUUCAACUUUGGACAGAAGCGACAGCCGUACUUCCCCCCACCAGAGGGAUACACCUACAUCCAUGAUCUUGGCAUGGAAAACAAGAUCAGAGGCACUAAGGGACCUGCCAGCAAAUCUGAAUGCGAGAUCUUGAUGAUGGUUGGCCUGCCUGCCUGUGGAAAGACUACCUGGGCCAUAAAGCAUGCGGAGACUAACCCUGAGAAGAAGUACAACAUCCUGGGCACAAAUGCCAUCAUGGACAAGAUGAAGGUGAUGGGUCUGCGUCGCCAAAGAAACUACUCCGGACGCUGGGAUGUUUUGAUUCAGCAGGCCACCCAGUGUCUGAACAGGCUGAUUGAGAUUGCUGCCCGCAAGAGACGCAACUACAUCCUAGAUCAGACAAAUGUAUAUGGAUCAGCAAGGAGACGAAAAAUGCGUCCUUUUGAAGGUUUUCAACGCAAGGCUAUUGUAAUUUGUCCCACGGACGAGGAUUUAAAAGAACGAACAUUAAAGCAAACCAAUGAGCAGGGGAAGGAUGUGCCCGAUCAUGCUGUUUUAGAAAUGAAAGCCAACUUUACUCUCCCUGAGGCUUGCGACUUCUUGGAGGCAGUGACGUUCAUUGAGCUGCAGCGCGACGAGGCUGAAAGCCUGCUGAAGCAAUACAAUGAGGAGGGCCGCAAGGCUGGCCCACCCCCCGAGAAACGCUUUGACAACAGGCAGGGUGGGUUCCGUGGCCGCGGUGGAGGUAGCUUCCAGCGGUAUGACAACCGUGAUGGGUCCCGCGGUGGCUACCAGAACCGCAGUGGAGACGGAGGCAGUGGAUACAGAGGAGGCUACAAUCGUGGCAGCUAUAGCCAGAACCGUUGGGGCAACAGCUACCGUGAUGGAGGCUCUGAUGCACGCAGUGGAUAUAACCGCAGCCAGCAGUCAGGUGGAAGCUACAACCGCCCGGCUCCUUACAGCAAGGGAGCAUACAACCAGAGCUACAGCCCGAGCUACAGUCAAGGGUACAACCAGGGCAGCUACAGCCAGAAUUACUAUGGCAACUACAGUCAGUACCCAGGCUACAGCCAGAGCUACAGCCAGGCACCUGCCACUGCACAGACGUACAACCACCACCAGCAACAGCCGCAGCAGCCACAACAGCAGCAGCAGCAGCAGCAACAGAGCUACAACCAGCAAUAUCAGCAGUAUGCGCAGCAGUGGCAGCAGUACUACCAGAACCAGAACCAGUGGAACCAGUAUUACAGCCAGUAUGGCAGCUACCCUGGACAGGGCAGCCAAGGCUCAUCUUCUGGUUCCCAGUAGCUUCGCUUUGUAUCUGCACCUGCAUCCACCUGUGUCCUAAACACUCUGACCUCGAAGGCAAAUCGAUUUUUGUACAGUCUCACAUUAAGUCCCAACCAUAACUGUCUCUGUCUGGGUUAACACCGUAGUCUUCAUCCCUCAUCAUGUACACAUAAACUGUAUACAGUUUGUUGUCCUUUCAGUUUUUUUUUUACUGAAUGAAGUCUUACUCUAAGCAGUGACCGUGAGGUGGUAGAUGAUAGAUAUCAAAACAUUUAAUGAAUGUUAUCUAUUAUGCAUUUAAUGUGGAUGUAUGUUGAUCUGCAAACUCCACAUUUCCUACAGAUUGAAGAGGUUAUUGUAUAUUUUAUAGGAUGCAUAGUGCAAAAACAUGACAAGGCAGGAAAAAUACUGCAAGGCCUCAAUACUUUUGCUUGUUUUGAGAAGCUUAACAAAGAACAAAAUGCAUGCUUUUUACAUUCACAACCCUUUCCUCUGUCUUGCUCUUUAUUUUUCAGUUUUUGAGUGAGCACAUUUUAUUUACUCCAAUAGAAUUCAAACAUUAAGGAACAUUUUUUUAAUAGGUGUUGAUACUGUAGUAUUUAAGCGUUAAUCCAGUCUUUGAUUGAGAAGAAUAUUUUGCCACUUUUGAGUAGAUGUAUGUGCAGUUUUUUUUUUAUCCCGUUGUGAUUGCUGUUCAUUGAGUCCAGUAGAUAAAUCCAGAUGUCAAACUCAUUUUUUUUCUACCUGAAAAUGAAAAUCUGACCAGUUAUCCCGAGCUGUCUUGUCUUUAUACAAUAAAUGCAAUUGUAUACGCCUGGA